AUGCCUAAUACCUACAGGGACUUAGGGGCCUCAGCUCAGGAUGACCACCAAAUCCUUGCAGAUAUAGACGACAUUUACAAUGUAAGGUAUCGGAAGCUGGCCCUCAAGUAUCACCCGCUGAAGAACAAGGAGCCCUGGGCUCCUGGGAAAUUCAAGCAGCUGGCCGAAGCCUACGAUGUUCUCAGCGACCCGGUGAAGAAAGCCGUGUACGAUAAAUUUGCAGAGGAGGGUCUGAAGGGCGGAAUCCCCCUGGAGUUUGGCAUCGACACCCCCUGGACGGAGGGCUACGUCUUCCAUGGGAACCCCGAGAAAGUCUACCGGCAAUUCUUUGGAGGGGACAACCCCUUUGCGGAAUUCUACACCGGCGAAGGAGCCGAGGUCAACAUGGCUUUCGGGGGUCUCCGGGGGCGUGGGGUGAAGAAGCAGGACCCCCCCAUAGAGAGGGACCUCUACCUCUCCCUCGAAGACCUGUUUUUCGGGUGCACCAAGAAAAUCAAGAUCUCACGCAGGGCCCUGAUUGGCUGCACGGUGGACGUGAGGACGCUGGAUGAGAGGCUGCUGAACAUCCCCAUCAAUGAUAUUGUCCA